UAUAAUCGCGGUUAUUCUACCACGAGCAUAUAUCGUUCGAAGAGAAAUUUCUACCGCUAUAUACUCGACCUUCUGCUCGGAUUAUUGCUUGGGGAGAUGAUGAAGUGCUGGAUAUGAAACAAAGAUUGAAAAAACUCGGUGGCUAUGCAAAUGACAAUGUCAAAAUAUGGGUGAUACAAAAUGAGAUAAGAGAUUGCGUGGAUGGAAAUGCGAUGACAAUAGAGGGUGAGAAUGAGGAGGAUGAAAAAUUUGAAAUCAAUCCAAACAAAGAUGUUAUUAAACGAGUUGAUGGUGGGAGCUUAAUGGAGAUAAAUAAAACCUUUCAACAAUUAAAGACACAUCUAAUUGAUUUGUCUCAUGGUGCAAGUAGUAGUAGUUGUGAAAAAGUUUUUACUGAAUUUGAGGAGAAAUAUACUACAUUGAAAGAUCUCUUUCUUGGGUCAAGUGAAAAAUCUUUGAGAAUGCACGAGGAGGGAAUGAAGAAUCACAUUCUCUCAUGCGAGAGAAGUUUGAAAGAUGAGGAUAAUAAGAAAGGAAAUGAACAUUAUGUUCACACUUUGUUAAUUGACAAGUUAUGCACUGAGGAUUUGAAUGGAAAGAAUGAAGAUGCAUGUGCUAUAUCAAUUGAAGUGCAUAUCAUUCCGGACAAAAAUGUAGAUAUUUUACCAUUUCCAAUCAAAAGAACUAGAAGAGAUUAUGGAAAGGAACCAUUACGAGCACUAUGUGGUUUUCCCGAGCAUGUCAUGAAAACACGUAGAAAGGAAACCAAGCAAAUUCAAGGUUUCCCCCUUUGUAUACAAUUUAAGGAAGAUGGGAAAGCGUCAAGUAUUAGAGACGUGGUGGAUGCUCAAUCAUUCAAUGUACUUCAAUCUCUUGUUGCUGAUUAUGAUUUCAAUAAAGCAUUGUCAAAAAGAUUUUGGAUUCAUUGCGAUCAAGGAGUCGAGACGAAUUCCGGUUUAUGA